AUGCUCCCCAACACCACGGACUCUGUGACAGGAGGAGGAGGAGGAGGAGUUCCUCUCUCGGUUAACUUUGACAGUCCCGUGGAUUAUCUCAUCUUCAUCUUCCAGAUCGUGUUCGCCACCACCGCGGUCCUGGUGGCCGGACCCGUAGUCGUCGCCAUCUUGGCCACCAGAGCCCUCCGCCACCAGAACCGGUUCCUCUUCAUGCUGAACACCAGCGUCUGCGACACUCUGAUCGGCUUCUCCGUGUACUAUCUCGGCCUGAUCGACGUCCAGGAGGGGUACUCGUCCAGGAACUGGAUCCACACCCUGUUGCCUUCUCUCCUCGGGGUGAACGUGAUGACGUUUCUGUUCGCGCAGUUCGACCGGUACUUCGCCGUCUGUCAUCCCUUCAUCUACAUGCACUAUAUAACUCAGCGGGUGGUUAUCUCUGUGAACGUCUUUUGUUGGCUUCUUACAGAGGCGAUCAUUGUAAAUUUCCUGCCACGCUCCAAAGCCCUGCAGGUAUACGUGUUCGGCAUUGUCAGCUUACAAGUCAUCGUGCUCACCAAAGUGGUGAUGACCGUCAAGCUGUACGUGGUCGCCAGAUUCCAGCUCGCCAGAGAGCCUCCCAGCGCCGAGAGGGAGAGCAAGAAGGAGUCGCUGAGAAUUAUUAUUUUCGUUGUCAUAAGCUUCUUGGUGUUGUGGGGCCCCUCUUUCUUACAUAUCAGCAUCAAAUUCGUGACGGGGAGAGGGCUCACGUUCAGGAACCAGGCCACCAACCUGUUCGCCAUCAUUUCUCGCUUCAACGCGAUCACGCCGUGCGUGAUCUGGGGGAGUCCGGCUCUGAGGGGAGCCCAGGUGAAGACCGUGUGGGGCAGAGUGUGCCCGAGAUGCAGGAGGAGCUUCACUGAUGCGCUGCCGUCGGCGGUGUCGCUGUACACGAGGCCGGGGUGCUGA